CUCUACAAGGACGUCAUGAUGGACAAUCAGCCGCCCCUCACAUCACCGGAUGGAUCCAGUCAUGGGAACCCACCAGAGAGAUGUCCCCGUCCUCUGUAUUCCCGGGAUUCCACACAGGAAGGUCACACCAUCCCUCACCAUCAUCAGAGUGGAAACCUUCAGGAUUAUAAUAUUGUUGUCAAAGAAAGAGUAUAAAGAGGAGGAUGAGGAGUAUGGAGUGAUGGAGGAGUUUUCAGAAGGACACAAGGAUAUGAUGGAGCCACCUAAUACCAGGAACCCACCAGAGAGAUGUCCCGAUCGUCCUCUGUAUUCCCGGGAUUCCACACAGGAAGGUCACACCAUCCCUCAUCAUCAUCAGGUAGAUGGAUCCAGUCAUGGAAACCCACCAGAGAGAUGUCCCCGUCCUCUGUAUUCCCGGGAUUCCACACAGGAAGGUCACACCAUCCCUCCCCAUCAUCAGAGUGGAAUCCUCGGGGAUGAUAAUAUUGAUGUUAAAGAAGAGUAUAAAGAGGAGGAUGAGGAGUAUGGAGUGAUGGAGGAGUUUUCAGAAGGACACAAGGAUAUGAUGGAGCCACCUAAUACCAGGAACCCACCAGAGAGAUGUCCCCGUCCUCUGUAUUCCCGGGAUUCCACACAGGAAGGUCACACCAUCCCUCCCCAUCAUCAGGUAGAUGAUGACAAUUAUUGAAACCCUCCAGAGAGAUGUCCCCGUCCUCUGUAUUCCCGGGAUUCCACACAGGAAGGUCACACCAUCCCUCACCAUCAUCAGGUAGAUGAUGACAAUUAUUGGAACCCACCAGAGAGAUGUCCCCGUCCUCUGUAUUCCCGGGAUUCCACACAGGAAGAUCACACCAUCCCUCACCAUUACAAGGUUGAUGGAUCCAGUCAUGGGAACCCACCAGAGAGAUGUCCCCGUCCUCUCUGUAUUCCCGGGAUUCCACACAGGAAGGUCACACCAUCCCUCACCAUCAGGUAGGUUUGA